AUCUCAGUGGAGCCACAUUUGAAAUGCAUAGCAAGUGGUAUGGGGUACUUAGUUAUCUCCAGAAGUAACAUCUGAAAACGUUGCAACCAGUGUUACUGGUGUUUUAUUAUCCAGUUCGCAACAAUUAUCAUAAUUUGCGUUAGCUUCAAUCUGCAUCGAGCGAAAAAAUUUCAUAUUCUAGCAGACUUCUUUCUCCAACACAUAUUACAUCGAAUGACAACAUCACGGUAGUCUGCACAAGGUCCACGAGUCAUUUGAUCUUAAUCACGAACAAAGGAACUUCUUAGCUGUUCCAUUUGCAGCCGUCCAAUUAUAACGCCUCCAAAAUCCUGUGAACUGAUCGUUCGUGAGCACCAGGCACCAGACCUUGAAAUCCCUCAAACGCUUCUGAUUGGCUCAUCCGUAAAUUAUUGUCUAUUAGUCAUGGAUCAAAAGUGUGACCUAAGGAAUCUACCAUAUUGGAAAUCAUCUAAAUACUAUCUAUGGACGAAAUUUACAAUCGCAAGUGGAGUCGUUGGCAUUGGGAUUGUAGGCUUAGCCGUGCCUGUAUAUGCAUCAGGCUUACAAGCUCAUCCUGCAAAACUACCUUGGAUACACCAUGGGAUAUUAUCUGCUUACGAUCAUGCUUCUAUGCGUCGAGGUUAUCAAGUAUACAAAGAAGUGUGUAGUGCUUGUCACACCUUGAAGUAUAUAAGCUAUCGAUAUUUAGUCAAUACAGUACUCACAGAAGAUGAGGCUAAAGCGGAUGCAGCUGAACAUAUGUAUCCUGAUGGACCGGAUGAUAAUGGGAAUAUGUUUGAACGACCAGGUCGAUUAACUGAUAUACUUCCGUCUCCUUAUCCGAAUAAAGAAGCAGCACGUGCUGCUAAUAACGGUGCAGAGCCCCCGGAUCUGUCAUAUGUUGUUAAAGCUCGAGAGGGCAAUGAGGAUUAUAUAUUCCAUCUCCUUACAGGUUAUAUGGAUCCUCCACCAGGUCGUACAAUGUCAGAGGGACAAUAUUAUAAUCCUUAUUUCCCUGGUGGUGGAAUAGGUAUGGCAAGAGUAUUGUAUGACGAUUUAAUUGAAUAUGCUGAUGGAACACCUGCUACAACUAGUCAAAUGGCAAAAGAUGUAGUAACAUUUCUUUCUUGGACUUCUGAUCGAACCCAUGAUGAACGUAAACGUAUUCUAUUUAAGGUAAUGAGGAAUGGUUUUAAUUGUAUCAUAUUGAUUAUGUUCCAUUGCAGCUAUAAUAGUUUAUUUAAUUCCAUGUAAACUAAUUAUGUCCUAUUGUUUUCUUGAAAUGAAUGUUUAAAAAAUGGAUCUUAAAAUAUCCAUCUACAUUUAUCUGCAUAGUUUGGUGUUACGAUGAUGGAAAGUUUCAUUUAAAAAAAAACAUAAAAUACCAUCAUUUAUACUCUUGAGUUAUAUAAGAUAUCAUGUGUAUUCUAGUCAGAGUUUCAUACUUUUAAGCCUUGAAAACUAAUCAUCAUCAUGGAUCAAUUUAUCGAGAUGUAGCUCAGUAGUUUUGCCAUUAAAUUCUCCGGUUCGAAUGCCACUCCGCUUACUUCUGUUUAGACAACCAAGUGAUAUCACUAAGACUCACAAUUUAAAUAAGACAAAGUAACGUACUCAAAUUUGUACACAGUUAAUGAGUUAAUAAUAAUCAUUUUUAUUCAAAGAUAGAACUAAGGGAAAUAUGUAUAGUCUUUUUCUAUAAAUUUGACAUUUCUAGAUCUAUUCGGCGUCAUUGUAUGCUGUCAACGUUAUCCAAGAAUUAAAAAAAACUAGUCUUGACUCAUUUGUUUUCAAUGAAUAUAUAUAUAUAUAUAUCGAAAAUUGCGGCCAUUAAGAGUAGGGAUUUCUGACAACCCAGUAAAACCAUUUGAUCAGUCAACCAGAAAAUUAAAUGACAAAAGAAGAAAAGCAAAACACUAUCUACCAAAUACAUUAUUUUAAUUGCUAUGUCAAACUGACUGCCUUCUUCUUCUGGAUGAAAAUCAAUUAAGUCUCAACCAUCACAACAAAUCCCUAGUUGUAUUAGUUCUUACUGAUAUUUGUGGAUUUACGUCCGAUGUGAAAUAUAUUAAAAUCUUGAACAAAGGCAGCACAAAAAAAGAUCAGAAAAAUUCGGGACUCGGAUCAUUCACUGAUAAAUAAAUUCAAUUUAUUAACCAAUUAGAAAAAGCAUUAACAGUUAUAAGGUUUAUGCAGAUGAUAAUCAAAAUAACUACAUAGAUAACUACAGAAUAAGUGUUAAUAACAACCAAUUAAAUUCAGAAUCGACAGAUAAACCUAUUAGUUAUAUUUGGAUAAAUUCAAAUAGUUCACUUCCAUUUGAGAUUUGUGAUAAUAAUAUCGCUUUAGAAAGGCAAUGAAAGCUCCUCCACUAACACCGCUUAUCUUAGAGAAUGCAACUUCACAAAAACUACAAUUACAUUUAAUAAUAUAAACUAGGAGGAAAUAAAAAUAUAUAAUUAGGUCUUUAUCUGUAAUACAUUUGAAAGGCGUAGCACCAAUCCAUAUACUCGUUGACUAUUAAUCUGAUCUUUACCAUUUCGGUACAUGUUCACACAUGUACCAAAAUGGUUGCAGAAACAAAUAGAAUCAAAUGACCCAUCAUCCUCUAUUGCCAAAUUAACCAAGCUAAAGACAACAGAUUGUUGUAAAUAUUUAUCGCUUGUUCUAACUACUCGUUAUCUCAAUCGAAUGCCUCUUUUUUCUUUAAAAAAAUGAAAAUAUAUCAUGUGCUACUUUCAAACUGUUGAAAUUGGGUUUUUUUUUCUCUUUAAUUUUCAGGCAUUAGUAAUUACGAGCACAUUAUUAGUAAUAAUGGGGAUAUACAAACGGAAACAUUGGUCAGAUAUAAAAACUAGGAAGAUUAUUUACAAAAACCGACCAGUGCCGAAGGAUGUCUAGUAAUUUUUUCAUUUGCCUUCAUUAGAAUCAAUAUCAUGUUCUUUCUCUAUUUGUGUAUGUUUCCUUCAUUUACCACUGUUUGAUACUUCAUCUGUCCACCCUAAUAAAGGUGGGGAAAUCGAACUUUUAGAAUGAACAUGUAUUGAUUAUUAGAAGUAUAUAUAUACACUUAUUAACUUACUUAUUAGUUCUAUAAGUUGUUCGUACUAUACUGGUCAGGCUAAUUCGUUUUACUAGUUCGACAUUUGAUAAGAUUUUUUUUAAAUGUAGCUUUUUUGCAAAAAUUGUUUGUCUUCAUAUUAAAUGAAAAACUGGUUGGUAAUGUGAUGAAAGCUGGACAUAUAGGUUUUCACUGUUUUAUAUUGUAAGAUUACGAUACUUGUUUAUUGUCCUGAAGGCUAUUUCUUGUAGAUGAAUUUGUUUGAUAAACCCCACUGGUUUGUUUUCUCAAGUUCUCAGUUAAUUUUGAAGCUAUAUUAGGGGUGAAGUAAAUGGAGUUAGACAGAUGAUUGUACUCAGUGAUUUAUAUUUUGAAUGAGUGCUGGUAUCCAGAAGUUAGAUUUUGACUUUGUGUGAGGAUUUUGUGACAAAGCUGUCAUGUUCUACGUUUAUUGUGACGUUGGUUUUUAUGAUGUCUAGCUGUAUUAGUGUGAAUAUGCAUCGCAAGGAAGCUUCGCUAUGAAGAUUUUCUAGAAGAUUCUCAUUGAAAGUAAAGCUCAUGUAGAUGUAUUGAGUCUUCUCUAUAUUACCGAAUGGGUGUCCGUAAAUUUGAUAAUUGUUUUAUCAGCUGUGACUGGACAUUAUCUUCUGGUCACGACCUACGACUACCCAUACGCCUUUAUAACGACCUACAUUGCAGGUGUUUUGUUACUUUCGCAUUUGGUAUUAUGGGAAUUAAUGUAGGUCAACUAUAUCUUAGGCUAGCCAAAGAAUAUAUAGAGAUAGGCCUGAAGUACUGAGAGAGUCGUUUUCCGCUACUUCCCAUUGUGAUCCGGCGUCGUUUGCAGAGUGUAGCAUGGUAAAUUAGGCGACAUCUAUAAGUUUGGUUACCUGUGGACUGGUACAUUGAUCUUAGGCCAGUGAAAAUCGACUUAGUCCUAGCCAAAUAUCCAUGCCACUAGUUCGUUUCUACGUUAGAAUAUUAAGCAGACUAGUAAUCCUUGUCUACGUUAAGGAUAACUAACGCAGAACAAUCGAUGUGAUGACGAGGAGGCCUAUGAGUCAAUGGUCCCACUCCACCUUCAUAUGAUCUGUUACUAGUAGAUACUAUUACUCCGCAAGGUUCUUCUUGAUUUGUACAAGCAUCAAGGAACUCGGUUCACCUGAUUAUUACGAUGUGAUAAACCGGUUUAGCAUCAGUCGCGCGGUGUGACAUCGACAUAAUCUAUAAGAUCAUACCAGUCCAAUCCGAUUAGACCAACUUUCUGCACAGGUCGUUUAAAUUGGUUAUUUAGUUGCUAGAUUUGAAUGUUACCACUAUGGAAGUGGUGGAUAAUGAGUGGCUAUUGAGAUUAGGACAAUAGAAUAUCAUAUACGGUUCGUCUAUGGAGUUUUUAAUGGUGUUUGCAAGCUUAAAGUCUUAUUAAAUACCUGUGUACUCCUUAACUGUAAGCCUACUAGUGUAGUAGCAUAGACAAACCUUUAAGUACCGUACAAUAACUAUAAAUCCAAUAGCUUCAUCACAGAUACCAAGCCAACUUACUCUGAAUGAUUCUUUAUUAUCAAUCUCAUUUAUUUUCAGUUGUUUAUAAGCAACUAUGAAUACGUCUGAUUGUCUCCACGUGAAGGACUAUUAUACAACAGCUUGUAGAUUCACUUUAUCGAUUUGUUUUAGCUGAUUGAAGCUUUCGAGACUUCAAGUACUCGGGUGACGUUUGUGUAGAUGAGGAUUUUACACACGAAGUAAACAGAAAAACCAAACGUGCUGUAUAUAGUGCAACUAAUGAACAUCCUAUGAUUUCGCAUGGCUCUGUAGUGCUGUUGGUUCUUGAUAUGUAGUAGUGGAAGUAAAAUUUGAUUGGUCGUUGACUGUGGACAAGCAGCCACAGCCUACUGACUAUCAAAUAUGUGAUUUUCCUGUAAUUGAUUUCUAUUCUGGACUCAUUGAGUGUACUGAGUGAAGUAUUAUCUAGUGGUAAUCUGAUUUCCUAUUUUGAGUCGUUAACCCGGGUUCUGAUAUGACGUGAUAAGUCUUAUUGGUGUAUUACCAUAAUAUGCGUGAGAGAAAAAAUAUUUGAAAAAUCCAUUAUAUCAAAUUGGCGAUGGGCAGUUUUUAGUCGAUCAGACGCACAUCGUUAAACCCCUUAAUAAGAUACAUUUUCUUAAUGAAAAAUGGGUACUCUGGAAGUAGUAGUAGAUCAAUUUGUGUAAACCCAAAUGAAAACUGUGCUUAAUAAUCCUGUCACGGGGCAAGAACCAAAUGUUUCUACAUCGGAUUCUGACCAGUUUAAUGACUUAAUUAUAUCGAGUAAAGUCCUCAAUUGUUGUGAAAUAUUGUUUCGAAUGAAUCAUACUCUGAUCAGUUUCAUGUUAUUAUUUUAUCAUUUAUAAAUAUGAUGUGACUCCAACGUAAGACCUUGCAGAAUAGGUAUCCACAUCAUGGCGAAUCUACAGUUGUGGAACAGGUUUAUUAUUCUAACCGAAUAUAUAAGUCUAACAAUACCGACCUAAACCGUAGUUAAACUACUCUACGUGUUAAGUUACCUAGAAUGCUUCUCCUUUGAACACCAGUAGGUGGAGGAUGCUUGUGGUGAACGGCAUUGACCAACUUAUGUAAUGCUACUUGGAUGAUCCUAAAGUCACAAAUUUCGCUAUGGAAAAGGACCUGAGAAUAAUCCCGACUAAUAUUUUAGGUAUCUUUCCCUACUAUUAUUCUUUGGCCAAUAAAGCUUACUCAGUUUUGGCUUUUUUUCCCUGGAUCUUAAUGUGACUGACUCAUGUUUUCAGUACUUGUUUAAAACGUCAUCUGCGGAAAUCUUCCGAAAGGUUUGAUGACUGUAACGUCUUACUCGAACCAGUGGUGCCAGCCUCAUCAAUGAAUGUUUUACAUGAAAAGCUGAAUCUUCACUGGAAAAGAAGGUGGAAGGAUUAACACAGGUACACCGACCUCCUAUUCUUGUUACUGAAGACUGAGUCACAAUUUUAUCGUCUUUAACGUUUUUCCUAAACAUAUUUCAGACUUCAAGUCAUUCAGAUUUUAAACUCAUAUUCAACAGUCCAACCACAUUCUCCAUCGCAACACCGAUAUGAUAAUGUUAUAUACGGAUAAGAAUAGUGAAUGGUAACUUUGGGAUCCAUUUGUGGACCAAUAUUAUGCAUAUAUUUUUUAUCGUAUAAUUGCAAAAUAACUAAACUGUUAAUAUCCAUGUUACACUUGUUAUAAGCUUUAUUUUGACCUACAGACUGUUAUAAUACAAUUUACCAUUCUUGUUUUAUUCCUUGUCAAUUAAUUACUGUUCUCCCUAUUCACAGCCACAUUUGGCUGAAUCUUGUAAAAAUGUUAUUUCCUAUUUUAUUACUACGAUGUGGUCAGUUAGUUUGGUAUAUAAAAUCAGUAUGUUUGAAAUACAAUGAUUCAUAAUG